CUAUCCUUUAAUUAACUGUUCAAACGGCACUUAUUUGUACUAUGCAGAUGCUGAUUAAUGCCCAAACCCUGUCAGUUGUGUCAGUAAUUUGACUGAUAGCCAAAAUACUUUCCUUUAGUGAGUGAGCUGAGUGAUUCGGGGGGCAGAAACAUGAAUGACAGUAAUUAGCGACUUUGUUUGACUCCCCUGCUGGGGAAAAAAAAACAAAAAAAAAACAGCAUGGACCAGCACCAAAACACAACAUAUACUGGUCUAUGCUGUUUUUUCCAGCAGGGAACUCAAGUUGAGUCAAGCCAAGUCGCCAAUUAAGACAUGGCACAUGUUAUCGAAUGCUACUGAAGUGCAGGAGGGAAAGGUGAGGCUGAAAAGGAAAUUCUCAGAUGAACUGACGGACCGCGAUCAAAUGAAUGCCAUGGAUCAAAUCCUGCUGGUCAACAGCAAGUUGCGACAGCCGCGAGGAAUGGCACUCAGAGAGGGAGACAUCGCCAGCUCAUAUAUAAGGAGCGCCAUCUCCUGCCCUGGCAACGCCUGUCUGUGGCCCAAAUCCAUUGAUGGAUUUGUUUAUGUGCCCUACAUCCUCUCUCCACUAUAUGACGACAUGGACAGAAUCACCAUAGAAAACGGGAUGCAGGACAUCUCCUCUGGAACGUGUGUUAAAUUCAUUCAGCGCACUGUCGAAGGCAGCUUCCUUGAUAUCCAGCCGAGAUACGGCUGCUGGUCGUAUCUAGGGCAGACCGGAGGAAGUCAGACGCUGUCCCUGCAGACUCCUGGGUGCAUGUGGUCAGGAGUCGCUGCCCACGAGUUGAUGCACGCCCUCGGUUUCGUACACGAGCAGUCCCGCUCGGACCGGGACCACUAUGUCUCAAUUAUCUGGAAAAACAUCAUGCCAGACCAACUGCACAACUUCAGGAAACAGCUGACAAACAAUCUCAACAGUCCAUAUGACUACGGCUCCGUCAUGCAUUAUGGAAGAUACGCCUUCUCUGAAGACGGUGGACCAACAAUAAUCCCCAAACCAGAUCCUUACAUUCCCAUUGGCCAGCGAGAUGGACCCAGUCUGCUGGAUCUUCAUAAAAUCAAUGUCCUGUAUAACUGUGGUGCCACCGACUAACUGGAUCUGGAGUGUUAAAUCCUGGAAAGUGGUUAAUUAUAGCAUCUGGUCUUGUGUAGACUAUAUGUUCUUUUUUAGCAGCUUCCUCUAUAGGCAUUUUGAAUUGUUGUCACAACUCCAAGGCUGUACUGUGUUGGGUCAAUACUGAGCACAAUCUACUAAUCUGCGAUAGAGAUGUCCAAAGGUGCAAAUAAAUAAGCAAGUAAGAACUGAAAGCUGCUUUUACUUUAAUAGAACUAAAAUCAGCACUUUGUCAAGUUAUUUUUUAAUGCCUGCUGCUGCUAAUCAGAUCACUGCAUCCAAUCUCUGACGCGCUCUGCUCCCAUGUCUGACCUCCUUCUCCACUUCUGCUCACUUUAAUUAAAGAAAAUGCAACAGUACAUGUAAUCGUUUCAGUGUGUUUGUCACACGGUGGUACAUGGACUUCCUCAUUCUGCUUUCAGGUGGGUCAUCCUUUUCUAUUCCGACCCGUAUGAGAAUAACAAGACCCUUUUACAUGCAAUAUUACCCCAUUUGGUAUGGAUAAUGGAUGUGUCUCCAUAGGGGGGGAACAAAAGCAAAGUUUGUUUGUGUCACUGGUCUUUGAGGUGCUUUUCUUACCCCGCCGCCUCACAACCCAGUGAGCAGCAAUUACAG